ACCGGCAGCAAACUACACGUUUUCUGAGUCUGCAGAGACACGGCGCUCCGUGCCUUCUUGUGUAUAUUGUCUGGAAUCACCAUCAGGGCAUCAUGGGAGAACAGCUGAGUCCUGAUGAGAAGUUCAACCUCAUCACCCGAAACCUUCAGGAGGUUCUUGGGGAGGAGAAGCUUAAGCAGGUCCUCCAAGAAAGAGAAUUAAAGGUAUACUGGGGAACAGCAACCACAGGCAAGCCACAUGUGGCCUACUUUGUUCCCAUGUCAAAGAUUGCAGACUUCCUGAAGGCCGGCUGUGAGGUUACCAUCCUCUUUGCGGACCUCCAUGCUUACCUGGACAAUAUGAAGGCACCGUGGGAGCUGCUGGAGCUUCGGGUGCAGUACUAUGAGCAGGUCAUCAAGGCCAUGCUGGAGAGCAUCGGAGUUCCUCUGGAUAAGCUUAAGUUCGUCAAAGGCACGGACUAUCAGCUGAGCAGGGAGUACACACUGGAUGUGUAUCGUCUCUCUUCCAUGAUCACUGAGCACGAUGCUAAGAAGGCUGGAGCUGAGGUGGUGAAGCAGGUGGAGCAUCCUCUCCUGAGUGGCCUGCUCUACCCAGGACUGCAGGCGCUGGAUGAGGAAUACUUGAAGGUGGACGCUCAGUUUGGUGGAGUGGACCAGAGGAAGAUCUUCACUCUGGCAGAAAAGUAUCUGCCCUCUUUAGGUUACACAAAACGAAUCCACAUGAUGAACCCCAUGGUUCCUGGUUUGACUGGAACCAAGAUGAGCUCCUCUGAGGAGGAAUCCAAAAUAGACCUCCUUGAUAAAAAGGAGGAUGUAAAGAAGAAGCUGAAGAAAGCUUUCUGUGAGCCUGGAAACAUUCAGAACAAUGGUGUUCUCUCAUUUGUCAAGCAUGUCCUCUUCCCCCUCAAUUCUGAAUUUGUGAUUAAAAGAGAUCCUAAGUGGGGUGGGGACCAGGUCUACACAUCCUUUGAGGAAGUAGAGAAGCACUUUGCUGAGGAGCAAAUCCACCCUGGUGACUUAAAGGCCUCAGUAGAAGUGGCUCUAAACAAGCUUAUGGACCCCAUUAGGAAAAAGUUUGAGAUGCCAGCUUUGAAGAAACUGACCAACUCAGCCUACCCUGAGCCAUCCAAAAACAAAUUUGCAACAAAAGGGAACCCCAAAAAUGCAGCAGCAGAGGAAGAUGACAUCAUCCCCUCCAGACUAGAUAUCAGAGUGGGCAAAAUCAUCAGUGUAGAGAAGCAUCCAGACGCAGACUCGCUGUAUUUGGAGAAGAUUGAUGUCGGAGAGGAGCAGCCUCGUACUGUUGUGAGUGGAUUGGUGGCUUACGUUUCCCAAGAGCAGCUUCAGGACCGUCUUGUGCUGAUGCUCUGCAAUCUGAAGCCCCAGAAGAUGCGUGGGAUUGAGUCUCAGGCUAUGCUGCUCUGUGCCUCAGUUGAGGGUGAGCCCAGGAAAGUAGAGCCUUUAGAUCCACCUGAGGGAUCGGCACCAGGUGACCGUGUUUUUGUUGAGGGAUUUGAGUCGGGCAAGCCAGACGAUGAACUGAAGCCAAAGAAGAAGGUCUUUGAGAAAUUACAGGUGGACCUGAAGAUCUCAGACGAGUGCACAGCUCAGUGGAAAGAGAAAGAUUUGAUGACCAAACUAGGAAAGAUCACCUGCAAAACACUGAAAGGAGGCAACAUCAGCUAGACAGAUGUUCUCUUCUCUUCUUCUUCUUCUUCUUUACAACAUCUAGUCUUCAAAUGUAUAGCUACCAUUGCAUCUCCACAUCCUCCAAUGACAAAUGCACAAUAACAGAUACUAUUUUUCGUCAUAGGAACUGCAGUUGAAGUCUGAGGAAAGACCUUUUCACAGAGCUCCAGUCAUUCCUUACUUUACAUCGUGUCUGGUCUGAAACAGUAUAACCACACCUAUUCAAAUGCGUUCAUGUGUCAUCAUGUGUCAUCAGUCUUCAUAUGCUGCACAUUGCAUGCAAAACUGCCCAAAAUAUCUGUAUUGUAUUGAUUUGGUGGCAGAUGGACUGGUCAGCUCUUAGAUAUACUGUUUUGUUGUUGCUCAGCUCAGGUCUUCUUGUGGUGACUCAGCAGUUACCUGUAGUUAACAGGCAUGAGGAUGUUGUCCAAGCCCUCAUAACCGGUUUCAGUACAUACUCAUCUUUACAUAUUAAAGAGAUAAUGGUAACAAGAUCAUACACAAUAAAUGUAAUAUGAAAUAAAA